AUGUCGCUGCCCUCUGAUGCAUCAAAGCAAGAGUUCCUCAAGCAGCGUGAGAUGCGCAAGGAGCACUGGUUACGAAGCUUCUGUGAGGAAGAUGCCGAACACCGGCAAUUGCUGCACUGGCUGCUCGAAGAAGGCCUUAGCCGACCGGAGGACUUUCAGGACAGGGUGCAUCACGCACACCGCUUGCGCGAGCUCGGCAACAAGUGGUAUCGGUCAGAUGACUUUCGCAGGGCCUUGCAUUGCAACUUGGGCGCCAUUCACGCAGUGGACUUCACUCCGCACGAACAGAUGGACAUGACAGAUGAGCAGAGGCUUGCUGUUGCACGAGAACUGUUGCCAGUUCUCAGCAACCUGGCGCAAGUCUUCUUGAAAAGAGGCGACUUUGGCAAUGUUGUCAAGGCAGCACACCUGGGCUUGCGAAAUGUAAACAAGCUGCCCGGCGACGAAGCAGAUACGUUCAAAGCAAAGCUUCGCUACCGCAGAGCUCUUGCACUGGGGGAGCCAGGUCCGGAACAUAAUCUGGAAAGUUCCUUGGACGACUUGCGGGAAGCGGCACGACUGAUGCCGACAAGUACCGAGAUCCGAAGUUGUCUUCAUAAAUGCAAAGAACUGCUACACAAAGUGGGGCCCUCAGUAACUCACAAGAAGUCUGACCGUGAGACGCAAAUUUCGGGCCACGGCGCCGACCAGAAGCCACCGGCUCUCUCACCUGCCUUGGAGAUGUUUGCCAAAUGUGUCGGGCGCGGCCUUGCAAAGCUCAUUCAAUGUUGGACCUGCUUACAAAAAGCGCGUGGUGGCAGGAUAAGUGCCAACCUAUGGAGAUUUGGCUUCGUGGCGCUUUCGUCAGCGCUGGUUAUGGCGCUGACCCACGUGCUUUUCGCGAGAUAA